AAAUCUCAAAGUAACUUUGUUAGCUAUUGGAACCCGGUAUCAUAGCGAGAGGUAACUUCACUUAUAAGUCUUCUUUACAAAUUAAAGAUUCGCCGCAGUGAGGCGUCCACUCGGUUUGUGUUUCGCAGUUUUUGGCGCCGUAAUGAACGUGUGUUUUGUUUCGGAAGUGACCUGACUCUUGUUUAUCGUUACAUAGUAAAUGCAGUCGUGAUGGCAAGGUACUCAUAAUGUCGAGCAAGUUCACCAGUGACGUAUUGACCAUUCAAGCUGCCUUGAAGGAAGUCAAGGACGUGCUAAAGGAUGGAUCUCUGUCAAUACCGGAACAAGACCUGCCGAUGCUCUCUGAACAGUUCAAACUCCUUCUAGGCAAAGUGAACGAUUUAAGAGACACUUUGAAAAGGUACUACGAAAACGGUCCAGUGGGAAACAAUAUGGAAGGUGACGACUUCUGGGAUGAAGAGGAAGCUCCAUUCGAUGAAACAGUACUGAGUAUCUGUGAAGAAGCUGAGCGAUCCGGAACGUUAAAAGAUAGUAAUAAAGUCGCACAUGUUGCGCGGACAACAGUUGAAUCUGACAGCUACGACUUCGAAACGGAUGACGAAGACAGUCCUGCGUUUCGCGGUUCGCCGAACGAACGUGGGAGUGACGAAGUCGUCCCACCACCGACUGAAGCGCACCUGCGGGUGUUGCGGUCACACUUCGGACACACGCACUUCAGACCAAUGCAGUGGAAAAUAAUAAGGUCAAUUAUAGAAGACAAGCGGGACAAUUGUGUCAUCAUGGCCACGGGCUACGGCAAGAGCUUGUGUUACCAGUACCCGCCUGUGUUUACGGGAAAAACAUCGGUUGUUAUCUCGCCGCUCAUUUCGCUCAUGGAAGACCAAGUUCGCGGACUUGCAGCGGCGAACAUCCCAGCUUGCCUUCUGGGCUCUGCGCAGCACCAAAAAUCGCAAGUGAUGGACGGCCUAAAUGCGGGCCGAUAUCGAGUGGUGUACCUCACACCGGAAUUCGCCGAGAGUGCUGAAGCAUUCCUGAAGAAGCUUGACCAUCAGGUUGGAAUAACGCUGUUCGCCAUCGAUGAGGCUCAUUGUGUUUCUCAGUGGGGGCACGACUUUAGGCACGCCUACCGUGAACUGGGAAAGCUGAAGUCUUCGUUCCCACACAUUCCUUUCAUGGCUGUUACGGCUACUGCAACGCCAAGUGUACGUGAUGACAUCAUCGCUGCCCUGCACCUGAGAAACGCGCUUUUGACAUGCACGAGUUUCGAUCGUCCCAACCUCUACCUCGAAGUCAAAAGGAAAGGUGUUGCUGCAGAGGACCUCAAGUCUGAGAUAAAUGCAUCUGGAGGAUCAGUCAUUGUGUACUGCCCUACAAGAGCCACUACGGAAGAAAUCGCCAGAACGAUCCAGUACGACCUCGGUAUCAAAUGCGUGUUGUACCACGCUGGGCUAUCCUUGGAAGCACGAAAGUGCGCGCACAACCAAUUCAUUCAAGACGAUGUGCACGUUGUCGUGGCGACAGUUGCCUUUGGCAUGGGAAUCGAUAAGCCCGACGUUCGUAAGAUCAUUCAUUACGGAGCUCCGAGAGACGUCGAGUCCUACUACCAAGAAAUUGGACGCGCGGGACGCGACGGGUCCCCCAGCUCGUGUCAUGUUUUCUUCAGCCCCGGCGACUUUGCGACAAACAAGCACUUUCUCAAGGACAUAUCAAACCCAGAGUUCCUGCAGCACAAAACGGACAUGCUGAAUAAAAUGCAGCACUACCUCACCAGCACAAAGUGCAGGAGAAAGUUACUCCUCGCUCAUUUUGCCAGCGGAGAGGCCAGUUCCGUGGGAGGAACUAUCAACUGCUGCGACAACUGCACGCGGAGGCUGGCCACGGACGGCAGUGAGGAAGCGAAAAGGGACUACACGAAGGAAGCGCGGCAGCUCAUGGAAGUGAUAAUCGAGACGGGCGAACGUUACGGACUCGCGAUGCCCAUCGGACUGCUCAGGGGGUCGGCGUCGCAGAAAGUUCCGGAACGCCUACGUAAGGGGAGGCUGUACGGCGCCGGAAAGGCACGUACGGAAGCGUUCUGGAAGGCGUUCUCUCGUCUCAUGCUGUCAGAGGGGUACCUCAUGGAGAAGGCGAUUCACGGGCUCGGAGGCCAGAAUGCCCGCUUCUUGUCUUCCACCGUUGUGACUCCGAAAGGGAGACACUGGCUCAGGAGCGGUAAAGCGCUGUUACUCGAUCCAUCUCGGGAACUGGUGGACAUAGACACCAAAGCGGCAAGGCCUAAGAUCUGCAUCGUUCCCGCAAGCGUCAGGGACGAUUUUACGGUGGCCGCCCCGAACCGGGAUCGGAGUGAAAGAGAGGAACUGGGAGGUGCCGAUAACGCGAGGGGUGGAGGCAAUAUGCUGUCUAAAAGGGGACCGAAAACAGAAGCGGAGCAGGAGGAGGAUCGCCUGCGUGGACUCUUGUACUCCAGCCUUAGCGCACUUCGAAACAAACUUGCUCAAGAAAACGGCUACGCUCCGUACAUGGUGUUUAGCAACCAGAUUCUGGUAGACAUUGCGAAGGAAUGUCCAACGAGCCUGGACCAGCUGUCGAAGAUAGAGGGCGUGUCCGAGGCGAAGCUGAACAAGUUUGGCGCUUCGUUUAUUGCUCUGGUUGAGCAGUUCUGUUCGGCUCACCAGCUCAAACCGGAGAACAUUCCCGUCGAAGAAGCGGACGCGAGCCCAGACGUAAAGAGACUUUUGUGCAACCUCAGCGACACACAAAGGCUAUCUUAUAUUUGUUACCAAAAAGAGAACAAUAACUUAAAAAGUGCUGCUUCAGUCAGGGGACUCGCAGUCUCUACAGUUUGCAACCAUCUCGUGGAAGCCAUCAAGAUUGGACUCCCAGUCGAUUUAGAUGGACUUGGAGUCACCAAAGAUGUCUUGUCCGAAGUAGUAAGAGCCGUGAAAUCGUUGGGUGGUGAGGUAACCCGGUUAACGCAGGUCAAAGAGCUGGUGCCCGAACACAUAGAUUUCAACCAGCUAAGGGUAGCUCUAGCAUGCAUACAGACUAAGUAUGGAACAGCUCCCAAGGAAAACAUUUCAGAGGAGUCUGUGACACAACAAACGCCAUCACAGAGCAGUUCGAAAGUAGAGACGGAACCUGCAAAGACGAGUAGGAGUCUGCCAAAUUUCCUAGCCUCGGGUAAGAGACCCGGACCCGACAACAGCACGGCCGUCGUGGGAAAAAAGAUGAAACAAAGCAGUCUUUUCAGGAAGUGAUGCAGAAGCAGCCACAGUAGUGGAUCACCUCGUAUACUGUGUGUAAAUUUUGUAAAUUUUUGUAAAUUGUGUGUUCACACAUCAGUUAAAGAGAUCAUUGAUGUAAGUUUUCGUUUGCCACUGGAAACCUUGCAGUCUUGUGCAACUAUCAUAUCUAUAAAAUAAACUGCCAGUAUUUUUACCAGA